AUGAAUUACUUCACAACUGCUGUGAACCUCUCCGAAGACAAAAAGGCUGUGAGAAGGCAAAACUUAUCAAAGGUCAACUUUGAUGACUGCAAGGCAGGGGUCUCAAACUCAAUUUACCUGGGGGCCGCUGGAGGCACAGUCUGGGCUGCAUUCAAAGAUUUCCAGGCUCUGAUAUGCUGUUUGACUAAAACUGAAUGGCUGCUCGUUCUCUACUACCUUGAGGCUGUUAUCAUGCUGGAGCUACUUCAGCGACGCUUCAUCAAUGGGCAAAACUGGUGUUUGCAGGUUGAGGAUUGGGAGGGGAGAAGCCGGAUAGAGAAUGGUAUCUGUGUUGCAGUGAAGGAGCACAAAGUACCGUUGUCACAUGAACAGGAACUUUGGUUUGACUUGUACUUCAAUGAGGUGCGGCCAGUAAUGCUGCAAGAAAACCGCACCGGCGACAAUGUGGCAGUUGAUUCAUUUUUUGUGUCAAGUAGUGGGAGAUCGAUUUAUAACCCCUCCAAUGACUUAAAAAGACUACAUGACAAAUACAGUCUCCCCAGUGUGACCUUUGGUGAUGCCCAGAGAGCGUUUGAGGCAGCAGCACAAAACCUGAAGUCAGAAGUGGAGAGAAAUGUGUUGGCACGGCUGUUUGGGCACAUGCCAGAAACAGCUGAAAGGAACAACAUGAGGAGAACGUCUUCAGAUGCAUUUCUGGCUCUAAGUGUGCUUGAUCAGCUUGCUGGAAAAACACGACAAAGGUCCAGUAGAGCUUCCAGCCAAGAGACAAGGGUGGACGAACAGACAGCCUACAAAACUCUUGAGCAGUUCUGUCCAGUGACUCUGGAGGGGCCUCCCCCAAAAAGGGCACGCAGGAAUGAGCUGUGUGGCUCAGAACAUGAGAGCCACUGCUAUGACCGCUGGUGUAGCGAGCAGCUCAAGCUGCGUGAACAGCAUGCUCUUGAACAUUUUGCUGGACAGCAGCCAUCAGAGUCCAAAAUAAACCGCUGGAUGGACAAACAAGGGUGGACGUCAAAUGUCCCACAGGCUUCAGUGGUUCUGAAGCAGUGGAAGCCCGUUGCCAGGUUGGACUCGGUCAUCGACAGCAGCUUUGUGCAUAAAAUGAUUUUGUCUCAACGCUGGAAAGGACUGACUGUCAGGCCCGUCCCUGACAAGGGUGAUGGUGUUUUCACCAAAAGACCCUUUCAGAUUGGGGAGGUUGUCUGUGAAUACCACGGCCAGCCGGUUAGCCAUGAAGACGGGUUGGCAAUUGCUUCGACCAGUGGCAUUAGAGCUGGACAUUUGUUUUUUUAUAUGAACAAGCAACAUGAAGCCAUGUGCAUUGACGCACAUGAAGAAAGUUGCCAGUGCCAUCCCAUGAAGUUCAAUUACGGACGCCUGAUACGUCACUCCAGUAAAAGAGCCAAUAUCCGGCCCAGGCUGUAUGUGCUUAAUGAUAGAGACAUCAUUCUCUUCAUUGCCACAAAAGACAUUUUGAGUGAUGAGGAGUUACUCUAUAAUUAUGGCUCAAAGAGGAGAUCUUUUGCCGGGAAAGGGCUGGAAUUAGACUGGAUGUGAAACAACAUCUUUCCAUCCCCCAUUCUCACCCACUUCUAACAUGCCCAACUCCAAGUUUCCACCUGUGGCCAUAUUCUCUCCUCACUCUCUGGACUCUGGACAACCAUCCCUGCUCUUCUCACCCUGAAGGAUUCUUCCUGCAAUGUCAAGCACCAACACUUCUCUCUAAAUAGAGACUUGGUUGUAAUAGGCUGAAUGAGUGGGUCUUACAAGCCAUUCACCUUUACUUCCAGAGAACUGUAUUUUCUCUUACUGACUUGUCUUUUUUCACUCUUUUUUUCCUCAUAAGCUUCCUUUAUGCAGUAGUGAGAGUGUGAGUAAGCUACUCCAUAUUCUCUCCUCUCUCUCUGGAUUCUUUGCAACACAUGUGGAAUUACAGCCUGGUAAGUAUGCUGAAGCUGCUCGUAACCCUCCCUCCCUCGAACCCUUAAUUUCAACCACAAGAGAAGCCAUGGACCUCACUGCCGAGAAUUAACCAGGCAUGCUAAUUCUUUAAGCAAGCUAUAGUAUAUUCAUCCUAGGAUUCACCACCAUUUUUAAUUUAAGACAUUACCUAUGUUGUCUCUAUGUUGUUUGAUUAAUGUUCAGAUUUUGUUCAUUUGUUUGCACUUGUAUGUACUGGAAGUUGUUUAUUUUCUUUAGUUUAGUUAUUAUUUGAUAUUACUAUUAUAUAUAGUCUUCCACUGUACUGUUAUUUCACAUUCUUAUUAAAA